GCGACACUUUAAAGAUCCACCGUUUUACAUUUGAGUUCACAAUUGUAAGCACAUUCGCUGAGCCUGUGCAGUGUUGGACACGCCACGGGGAAAUGGGAUGUUCUCUAACGUAACUUGACGGCGGCAGCAGCAGUUGUCGGACCGGCGUUUUCGGCGUCUCCUCUCAGCGGAUUUACAAAGCCUCUCCGGAGCCUGCUAUGAUAUUCAGAACCCUGGACAGCGACUAAACCUUACAGCUGCCUGGAGAAAAAGACUAACCGACCAGUGGAGGCUGUGAAGAGGCUGGCACGUGGAAAGGGGAGGGGGGAAGGAUGGAUCUUCAGACGGGUGUAAGAGCCUCCCCCCAGGGAAGCCGGCGUCGGAUGCAAGGCCUCAUGGGCCGUUGACCUGCUGUCUCCUUGAUUUAUGGCGGCUGGGGGCCUCCGGCCACUGCAGACACCUCCUUUCCCUCCACACACACUGCAGGAUCGCAAGGAGCCACACACACUGCACCAUCGUCUACGGGAGCUUCCAAAGGGGAAUUCUUCGCACAUGCUGAGCUGCAGCACAGGCGCAACUCCUGCUUUCAACACAGUCUCGUAUCAAAACAAACCCCUCCAUAAACAUUUCUAUACUGCAGCAGCGUGUCCCGCAUUCCCAUCACAUUUCCAUUAGAUCGAGCAUGCUCUAAGAGUAUUCUCCCUUUGACUGUGUGUGGAUUACUAUCAGUCAUGGCGUGUCAGCUGUAAAAGCCGCGGUGUAGUCGCUGCUCAGGGACAGAGGCGGAUCAAUGGAAGUGCGUUGAGUAACGAGGUGAUGUUCCUGUUUUCACAUGGUCUGAGAGCAAUCAGCAGCCAGCAUAUCUCCGCUGACUCCACACACUGCUCUGCUUCUACAUUGCAAUAACCGUCCUCCUUUAAAGACUGUUCGUGUAGUGAAUUAUAGUAUUGUUAUAAUAUAAAGACACACUAGGCGGACAUUUGCUCCUGUGCACACAAGACCUAUCAGAACACUUUAAAUGCAACUCGUUUUUCUCCAACCUUAGAGGUUUGGAGUGCCCAAUCACCUUCUGGUGUGUUUUUGCUUUUGAAACUGGGGACUGAUAGUGAGAGCCAGCAGGUGCCCUCGCCAUGGUGUUACCGCCCCCAGACAAACGCCACGUGUGCCUCACCACCAUCGUCAUCAUGACCAGCAUGGCCUUCAUGGACGCCUACCUGGUGGAGCAGAACCAGGGUCCCAGAAAGAUUGGUGUGUGUAUAAUAGUGCUGGUAGGGGAUGUGUGCUUCCUCAUAGUGCUGCGCUACGUGGCCGUGUGGGUCGGUGCAGAGGUGCGCACCGCCCGAAGAGGAUACGCCAUGAUCCUCUGGUUUCUCUACAUCUUUGUCCUAGAGAUAAAACUCUACUUUGUUUUCCAGAAUUGCAAGGCAGACAGGAAGAGCUUGGAGACGGUGGCCAGGAAAGCUUUGACGUUAUUAUUAUCAGUAUGUGUACCGGGCUUGUACUUGGUUCUAGUGGCUCUGGAUAGUAUGGAAUAUGUGAGAACUUUCCGGAAGAAAGAGGACAUGAGGAGUCGUCUGUUCUGGGUGGCUCUGGACCUGCUGGACCUGCUGGAUAUCCAAGCCAACCUGUGGGAGCCGCAGCGGACAGGCCUGCCCAUCUGGGCCGAGGGCCUGAUGUUCUUCUACUGCUACAUCCUGCUGCUCAUCCUGCCCUGCGUGUCUCUCAGUGAAAUCAGCAUGCAGGGGGAGCACAUGUCGCCCCAGAAGAUGAUGCUGUACCCGGUCCUGAGCCUGGUCACUAUAAACGUGGUCACCAUCCUCAUACGGGGCGUGAACAUGGUGCUGUUUCAGGACAGCCGGGUUUCCACCAUCUUUGUCGGGAAGAACGUGGUGGCCAUCGCCACCAAGGCGUCCACCUUCCUGGAGUACCGCCGACAGGUAAAGGAGUUCCCCCACCCGCAGAACGCCAUGGCGCUAGAGCUGCAGCAGAACAGCCACACGCAGCCGCUGCCCAACGCCACCAGUUUACCACAUGAACCUUCGCCGGCGCAGGACGUCAUUGAUACAUGACCGCCAGCUCUGGACUGAGCAUCAUUAGAAACUCAAAGCUUUUUAAUGAAAGCUGCUGGAGGUGGAUAGAGGAAUCAGCUGCAUGACGGGAUUCUGCUCUUGUCAAGCCCACAUGAACUGCUGUGAAACCAUAAAAGAGAUUUUCAGCAUCACCUGCCUGUCAGAACAUACUGUAAACCUACACUUGACUCUGAGUGCAGCGUGCAGACUUUGAAAUCAAGUCAAAGGUUUUUAUCGUGCUAUUGUGUUUUUAAUUGUUUCAAAUGUUUUCAAAGCUCAAACUUUUAUUAAAAAGACAAUCUCCAAAGUGUGCAGACCGGUGACAUUAUGUUGUGUAAAUGGACAGCUGGUCGCCCCUCGGUGAGUAUCUUGUAUUUUUUAAAGGUCACUUUUUCAACUAUGUGGCAUUUCCUUUGAAUUCCAGCACCCAAGGAACUACCAUUCAGCGCGAGGCACUGACGGAGAGGAGGAGCAGAGAGUGAUAAGGGUCAGUCAUGGGGUCUAUCUGUGCUGUGCUACAGCGAGGUUGGUGGCAGACGAAUGCUUUUCCCUCUGUGUAGGGUUCUGCUGAGAAGUGAGCUCUGUGGAAGCUGCUGCCUCGGUCAGUGUAACGCUUUACGACCAAAUGUCUGAUAAAAGCACCGGAGCUCAGCACUAUACCGUCCACUGCAGGCAUCCAAGCGUGUGUUUUACUGUGUGUGUGUGUGUGUGUGUCACGCACACUCUGGCCUAUAGAGUAUGUGUGCCUGCAGGCGUACAUGUUCACCACAGGAGGUUUAGCUUAUUCUUUUGGCACAGAUGUGUGGUUUAUGUGUGUAAUGUAUUGAAAAUCUGAAGAAAUACAUGAAAAUAGAAAAAACCGUAUAUGAUGGGGGUGAGAUACUUUUUGUUUCAUGUACUGUACAUUCCUCCGAACCUAUAGCUGAAGCCUUGAAGUCAGAAAAAAUGUCCAGAGAACGCCUCACUAAUGAAUUGACACAAGAUACAAUAUAAAUACUAUAUCAUUCAAACAGAAAAAAGUUUAUUCAAUUUAUUAAUAAUUAUUAUUAUUGUUA